UGGCUUUACCCUUUCACUUUCUUCAUGGACGACCAAUAAAACCUGAUUUAUUGUUACCUAUAGUAGUAAAUUGCACUGCAAAUUUAGCUAGUUGACGGGUAUCUCUCUCUUGAUUUUGUCUAAAUCAUUAGAUAAGCUCUCUCUCUCUCUCUCUCUCUCUCGGUGGUUUUCUUUUUCUUUCUUGCAUAGACUUUGUUUUCCCUUUCGUUUUUGGGUUAUCUAGUGUUUUUGUAGGGCUAAAACAGAACUUUCUCUCUUCUUCUCGUUCUUUCAGGGGUGAAUCAAUUCUGGGUUUUGGGCUUUGUGUUAAUUACGGGGAAAUAUCCGUGGGGUAUUAGUUUUAGUGGCGGGUUUUUGGAAGUUGGGGUUUGAUGAGAAAGAAGAUUUAUGUGCACAGAUUCUGUGUUUUGUUCAUUAUCAUCAUCAUCAUCAUCUACAAAUAUUAUCUUGGGUUAUUGCUUUGGCAACUUGAAUUUCACUUGUGAUUGGGUUUGCUUUGGCUGCUGGUCUGUUUUUUAAGAGCUAUCUGGUAGCUUCAACGAUAAAGAUACUGUGACAAUUUUAUAUUGGUUGCCUCAACAAGUAUGAGAAAAAUUUUAUGAUUUUAGAAUUGGGUUUUGGCUAGAUUGGAGGUUCAAGCGCUAACUAUUUGUUAAAAGAAGGAAGGAGUUCGCGUUUGAUUGCUUCCUUAAUAGCAGUGAAGGGAGCUUCUUGUUACUGUUGUUGUUUCCACAUUAGUGGGGUCUUAAAGUAUGCUCCAUAAUCUAGUGAAUCUAUCCCGAUAGUCCACUACUCAGGAAGACUUAAAUUAACACUCCGAGUGUACCCUGCUUUCUUCCCUUUGAAUGGGGACUGAUGUUGCUGAUGUAGUGGAUACAGUGCCAUAUCUUUAUUCCUUCAAGGCACAUCGUUCAAUGUGCACAGAAUUAAUGAAAUUGGUUGAUAGAAUUGGACAUGUAUUUCCAGAAAUAGAAGCAGCUCGGCCACGAUGCUCGUCAGGAAUACAGGCGCUGUGCUUGUUAAAUGGCACAGUUGAGAAAGCAAAGCAAAUUCUUCGAUACUGCUGUGAGUCUAGUAAACUAUAUUUGGUAAUUACUGGGGAUGUAAUAGUCUCAAGAUGUCAAAGAUCAAGGAACAAUUUUGAACAGAGUUUAGGCCAAAUUCAAACUAUGGUUCCAACUAUGUUGGCUGCUGAGAUCUCUCGAAUUAUUGAUGAUCUAAAUGCAGCAACAUUUAUGCUGGACUCUUCUGAUGAAGAGGCUGGUAAGGCUGUUCGUGAACUGAUUCAGCAGGGCGCUAAUGUAUCCGACUCAGUGGAAAAUUCUGAAAUAAAAACUCUUCAACUUGCUGCUUCAAGGCUUCAUAUUACAUCCCCAAAGGCUAUAUUAAUAGAGAAAAGAUCAAUUAAGAAGCUGUUAGAUAAAGUUGGUGACAAUGACCCUACCAAAAAGAAAAUCUUAAAAUAUCUUUUGUAUCUGCUGAAGAAGUAUGGGAACUUGAUUAUGGAAGAGCAAAUAGAGAAUCCCAAGGCUGAGCGUGCAGGAUCAGUUGUGCCCACAAACUCUAGCAAUACUUCUGUAUAUAGUCAAUCUGUUGAAGUAGAGUCUGAUGUAGGAAUUCCACGAUAUGAAGUGCACACUGAUGUUCUAAAUAGAGGUACACCCCCUGAGGAGUUUAAGUGCCCCAUAUCUAUGAGAUUGAUGUAUGAUCCUGUUGUCAUUGCUUCUGGACAAACAUUUGAAAGGAUGUGGAUACAAAAGUGGUUCGAUGACGGUAAUGAUACAUGUCCAAAAACAAAAGUAAAACUGGCCCAUCGUUCAUUUAUUCCAAACACAGCCAUGAAAGACUUGAUAUCAAAGUGGUGUGAAAAGUAUGGAGUCACCAUUCCUGAUCCAAGUAUGAAAGCAUUUCACUUAUUGGACAUGUCUUCUACAUCCAUUGCUAGCUUAGGCAGUUCUAUGAAUGAUCUACACCUUCCACUGGAUAUCAGCAAUAUGUCACUUGGGUCUUUAGAUGCUAGUUACAGUUCAGACUCUUCACGCACUAGGUUUUCAGAUGGAUCCAGUGUGACAUUGGCAGCAAAAAAUGAUGAUGGCCUUAGAUUCCAGUCUUAUGCAUGCAUAAAUGAGAGAGAUUCAGAUUUUUUUACUAGACUCUCUGAGCUUAAUUGGGGCUCUCAAUGCAAAAUGGUUGAAGAUGUCAAAAGCCAUUUGCAAAAUAAUCAUCAAUCCUGUCAUUCUAUGUCAUCUGAGAAUUUUGUUGAUCCUCUCAUUAGAUUUCUGAAGGAUGCAUGUGAGCGACAUGAUGCAAGAGCUCAGAAAGCUGGAUCUCAAUUGUUACUUGUGUUUGUGAGCAAAAACAGAAGUGGGUUACCAUACUUGCAUGAAGAUAUAUUUAGUCUACUGGUGUCUUUCCUUGACUCUGAAGUAACUGAAGAGACUCUUGCAAUACUGGAAGUGUUGUCUGACCAUCCAUAUUGCACAACUAAAAUCACAGGCUCUGGCGCUCUUGUUCCUAUACUAAAGAUUCUUGACUCACAGUGCAAAGAAUUCCAGGAACAAGCCAUUAAAAUCCUGCAUAAUCUUUCCUCAAACAGUGACAUAUGUUCCCAAAUUGUAUAUUUGGAGUGCAUCCCAAAGUUAGUUCCUUUCAUAAAUGAGGGCAGAAUUGCAAGACAUUGUAUGGUUUUAUUGAAAAAUUUAUGCGAUAUUGAAGAGGGUAGGGUUGCUGUUGCUGAAACAAAUGGAUGCAUUUCUUCCAUUGCUGAGCUACUUGAGAGCGGCAGUCGUGAAGAACAGGAGCAAGCAGUGGCUGUUCUUCUUUCUUUAUGCUCUCAGCGUGUCCAAUAUUGUCAGUUGGUCAUGGAUGAAGGUGUUAUUCCUUCCCUUGUUGAUAUAUCUAUCAAUGGAAAUGAUAAAGCAAAAGCAACUGCUUUAGAAUUGCUUCGGCAAUUAAGAGAUAUUGAGUAUGGAAAUGAACAAGAAUGCUUUCGAUCUGACGCUGGUGCCAGUAGAGAUGAAAACCAGCACCCUAAAGAAAAGAAAUCUUCCAAGACAUCGGGAUUUUUCAGGAUGAAUUUAUUCUCAAAACAUAGUUCUCAUGCAUCAAAGAAGAAGAGAUGACACUCAGAUCUGCCUUUUAUUUGUUGACUUUGUGGUGAUGCAGAUUCUCUUAUCAUUACAAAAAAUUGAAUCAGCCUGGUGGAAUAUCAGUUUCUCCCUUGUUGGGUUGCACUUUUACCUGGAAUGAAGCAGCAAUAUCACAAUAUUAUAGCUAAUUGUAGAUUAGUUGGUAAGUGAUCUUUUUUUUUCCCCCUAACACUAAUUCAUGACAUGUAGAAUUUGAUAGCUUCAUUAUUUUCUGAUGAUGAGUGUGCCGCCAUGUUCCAGCUGUAUAUUUAAUAACAUUGUAUAGACUAGUUUAAUGUGUUAUUGAUAUCCUAAGUUGAUAGUCUGAAA